AUGUCUCGCUCCUUCUACGUGGACUCACUUAUCAUCAAGGACUCCUCGCGGCCCGCACCCUCGCUGCCGGAAUCGCACCCAGGGCCGGAUUUCUUCAUCCCGCUGGGCAUGCCGUCCCCGUUGAUGAUGUCAGUGUCCGGGCCUGGCUGUCCGUCCCGCAAAAGCGGCGCUUUCUGCGUGUGCCCGCUUUGCGUCACCUCGCACCUGCACUCCUCUCGCCCGCCCGCAGGAGCCGGUGGCGGAGCUACGGGGACCGCAGGGGCUGCGGUGGCGGGCGGCGGGGUCGCUGGAGGCAACGGCGCCCUACCUUUGCUCAAGAGCCAGUUCUCUCCGGGUCCUGGGGACGCGCAAUUUUGCCCACGGGUGAGCCACGCACACCAUCACCACCACCCGCCCCAGCACCACCAUCACCAUCACCAGCCCCAGCAGCCCGGCUCGGCUGCAGCGGCAGCAGCAGCGGCGGCGGCGGCUGCGGCGGCGGCAGCAGCCUUGGGACACCCGCAGCACCACGCACCUGUCUGCGCCGCCACUACCUACAAUGUGUCUGAUCCACGGAGAUUCCACUGCCUCACCAUGGGAGGCUCUGAUACGAGCCAGGUACCAAACGGCAAAAGGGUGAGGACGGCGUUUACCAGCACGCAGCUCCUGGAGCUGGAGCGAGAAUUCUCUUCCAAUAUGUACCUGUCCCGACUCCGGAGAAUUGAGAUCGCGACGUACCUAAACCUGUCAGAGAAGCAGGUGAAAAUUUGGUUCCAGAACCGUCGCGUGAAGCACAAGAAGGAGGGGAAGGGGGCUUCGAGGAACAAUCACGCAAGUUGCAAGUGCGUGGGUAACCAGGCACACUACGCGCGCUCGGAGGACGAGGACUCCUUGUCCCCCGCCUCGGCUAACGAAGACAAGGAGAUUUCCCCCUUGUAA